AUGUCUCUUUCCGACUCAGAUCUCUCGUCGCUUUCAUCAGCGCCCCCUUCCGACGAUGAGACUGGUGCUAUGGCACUUGACGAGCCGGUGGGCAUCACCAAGUACUUCAAGAAGGAAUCUGAGUCUCCGCCGCCGAAACGGGAGCCCUCACCACCCCAUGAAUACGUUUUAGCUGAUAAUCCGGAUAUUGCAUUCAUUGUAAUGUUCCGCGCGCGUUUCCAUGAGGUCUUCCCGCGAUCAACUCCACACUUUGGGCCACAGGAUAUUGAGAGAGGCGUUGUUGAGAUUCCACCAGGGGAUCAUAUCGAACGGUUAUUAUGUGCAUUGCUAGGGCUAGUGCUCAAUCGGAAGAAAGAUGUUGAGAGAGCGCAUUACCAACGUCCUUUAGAGGAGGCGAUCCAAACCCACUCUUCUCAAUGGCCCAAAGCUUGGCAAGGGAAGAACCCCCUUCAUGGGGGUCGCACCUUUGCAUCAAUGUCUCCAGAAGAACGUUUGACCCUGUUGAAGUCGUUAAUUCUCUGGUCCCUUUCUUCGUCCGACGCCGUUGCAACCAAGAUUAAAGAAUCAUACAAACAAGCUCGUCAUGAGGACGAUCUCAACCAACCGCUUUCCGUUCAACCAUGGGGACGCGAUGGUUUUAAACGUCGAUACUGGCUUGUCGAGGGUCUAGAUGAUACCCAUUUCCGGUUAUAUCGCGAGGGCAACCCGGCCCUAAAGAACGUUACUUGGUGGAGCGUAGCCGGAACUAUUCCCGAGCUCAAGACGGUCGCAGACAAACUAGAUGAGGAGAAGAGUAUCCACUCAAAGAAGCUUAGCGAAAGGAUAAAGAAUGCCGUGCCUCGUUUCGAGGGCUCCGAGGAGAAACGCAAACGACGCGACUACCGCAUCGCUCGCAAAGCCGCUUUCUCUCGGCCCGAGCCUGGGUUCUCCUUGUACGAAGGCCGCACUCGGGGGAAGAAGCUGAAGUACACAUACUCUGAUGACGAGGAUAUCUUCUCGGACGAAAUGCCAUCAACAAGGCGAUCGACUCGGAAUGCUUCAGGGAUCUCCACACCGGCAGAACCUGCUGGGCCUAGAUAUACAGCGAGCGGAAGGCAGAUACGAUCACGGGCAGGCGGUCUGUACGGCGAGGCCUUACUGAGUGGCCAGCGCGGAGACGAUGCGGAAGAUGCUGAUAGGCCGCAGAGGUCUAGAGCGACCAGAGCAAAUGGCUAUACGGAUUAUAACAUGGAUGGUAUGGACGAGGAAUCGGAGGCGGCUCAUUCCAGCGGAAAUGAGUGGCGGGGCGGUGAGGAAGAGGAAGAUAAUGAUUUUGAAGGUGAUGAUGAAGGUGAUCUGAGCGGAGACGACUCCGUCCUCAAUGGACAGGACCGGAGUCUCGUGGUCCAGCUUCGAUAUGGCAAGGGCAAAUUGCCGAGCAGCCCUCAACUACCGGCAGACGAGCCAUCGGCAGAGACAUUGGGCCUCGAAAAACAAUCUGUCAAACUGGCCGGGUCUGGGGCAGAUGAAGAGACAGUAACGUCACAGAAGCUGCCCUCCGCUACAAACGUCGAAGCUACGCUAGUUGUUGCCGCGAGUGAAACUGCUGCGCAGGAGCCGAAGGCGGAACUACUGAAUGGCCUCACUGGUCAGACACAGGAGAAGAGGGCUGUUGCUGGAAUCCCUCCCAGCACUGAGGUGCCCAUAUCUCAAUCAGCUCCCGCCAAGGCUUCCAACGAGGCCAGUUGA